UGGGAUUACAGGCUUGAGCCACCGCGCCCGGCCGAGUGCUGUCUUUCAAGUGGUUGCAUGGGAGACCUGCACUUGCUGUGUGCUACCUUAACUGAGGACUUUUGAGGAAAUUCUGUUUGACAAUUGCUUUAAGGUCCAGUGUGACACCCUCCCUCAGAUUCAGUCUCUAGUGACUUUCUGCUGGAAGCACCUCUACUUCAUCAAGGAUUGGAGGCACUUAGCACUCAACAAACGUAACUCGCUUUUUCUUCCUCCACACUUUUUUACCUCCCUUAUUUGCCAGGCUUGCCUUUGAGUGAAUUUUGGCUUUUGGGGGGGUUGUGGGGGGCUCUCUGAUUCAUUCAACAGAUCUUCACUGAGUGGCAGACGUGUGCAAAGUGCUUAGGAUGCCAAAGGCAAGUGUGUCAUCUGUAUUUAGUGUUGGGACGGACAGUGACUGAGACACCAGAUUUUAUCUUCACUGAUGCAGAGGGUGGCUGCUGGUGUAGGCAGGAUGGUUAGGGACCUGCUUUCUCAGAACUGACCGGGAAGGGAUGGUUGGGGACCAGGCCAUUUGGGGCCUCACAGAUCAGGGCUGAUGAGUUUGGCUCCAUUUAUGCUGACUCAGUUUGAGGGUGGGAGCAUUCCUGUUUCUCAGAAUUCCUUGUGCCUAACUCCAGGCGUGGCAGAUGAUACUUGCUCAGUAAAUGUUUAUUGAGCAAAGAAUUGACUGAGAGUGAUGGAACACACACAACUGUGGGGCUGGGAGCAGGAGCACGAGGCCUGUCUCUCGGUGCAGCCUGGACCAGUUGCCCCCUCUCAUCCGCCAGGUGAGACCAGCAGGAAAAAGCCAUCUCAGCAGUGGUUGGUGGUUAUAUUUAUGGUUAAAUUUUAUUUCGAGAUGCUCGUAGUUUCACAUGCAGUUGUAAGAAUACAGAGAGAUCCUGUGUCGCCUUCUCCCAGCCGCCCCCUGGGGUAACAUCUGGUGAAAUUCAGUGCACUCUCAGCACCAGGAUGGGGCACUGAUACUGCCAGGACACAGAACAUCAGGACGGCUCCGUCCCCAUGCAAAUCCCUCAUGUCGGCCUUUUGUAGUACCCCCACACACCGCUAAUCUGUUCUCCAUUUUUGUGAUUUUGUAUUUCGGGGGUGUUGUGUGCAUGGGGUCGUGGAGUGAGGGGUCCUUUGGGGUUGGCUGUUUUCACUCAGUGUGAUUCCCUAGAGCGUUAUCAGUCCCGCCAGUCAAGUUUCUUCCUUUUGCUGCUGAGUGGUAUUUUGCAGCCUGGCUGGCCUGCAGCUUGUUUACCCAUUCACCUGUUAAAAGACACCUGGGCUGCUUCUAGAUUUUAGUUGUUACAAAUAAAUGUUGCUGUCAACAGUCCUGGGCAGGUUUUUAUUGAAUGUAAGUUCUCAUUUCUCUGAUAUAAAUGGCCAAGAGUACAAUUUCUGGGUCAUACGGUAGUUACAUAUUCAGCUUUAUUAAAAAGCGCCUAUUUUCCAGAGUGGCCAUACAGUAGUUUUUGUUUGCUCUUUUAAAUGUCUUAACAAUGGAAGAAAGAUGCUUCUGCUGGUCCGGCAUAGAAAGCCCAUGGAGAGCCGCCCGGUGGGUGGGGAAGGGGGUGUCGGGAGCCCCACUGCUUACCAGGAACCCGAGUGAAACUGGGUCUUUCCAGUCCCAAGAUUCUCCUUUUUUGCUAAAGGCAUCAGAAGAGAUGAAAGCAUUUCUACCACCCACAUUUCCGGGACACUCCUAGCUUUUACUUCAGAGUUGGGAGAGAGGUUUGAUUUUCACUGUCAUUUAAAUCCUAUCGGGUUUUCAGUGGAGCCUGAUCUUUAGGGCUCUGGGCGCAGCUGUUGGUCUGGAGAUGCAGAUCACUGUCUGCUGAACAGAGCCCUCCUCCUGGGGUUAGGGAUCUCCUGAUUGAGGCAUGGAUCCAAGGGCUUCUUUCUUUGUUCUCUGAUUCCCUGAGCCUCUUCCUUGUGUGUGUGGUGUGUGUGCAUUUGUGUGAGCGCACCAGGAACUAUGACAGCAAUCAAUGGGUAUGACUGGGGGUGGGGAGCAGAGGCAGCAUGGCCAGGAAUCUAUACUCCAGCUACCAAAAGGAAGGAAGUAGCAGCAAAAAUAGCCUGGGUGGGGUGGUAGAAAAUAUUAAGGGGAAAAUACGAUGGGUGGGGUUGAAGAAGGAGCUGCUUCAAGAGAAACAGACACACACUGGGUAAGGAAUCGCGUGCUGUUGAAACUGACGGUGUGGAAGGAAAGUGAGGUGGCAGUGGCUGGGCUGUGGUAGAGGAAGCCGAUCACCGGUGAGUGAAGAGGGAACUAGGGUACCCAUGCGUUUGUGUUUUUUAUGUAAACUUUGGCUAAGCUUUGCUAGGAGCGUUUUGCCUUUUUUUUUUUUCCUCAGACCUUCUACCACUGUCUUUCUCCCCUAAGUUCUGGGCAUGUGGCUUCUUCUCUACCUACCAGGGUAGCCUGUCAUUGCUUUAAAGGACAAAAUGAAACCCCUGAUGGGCAAAAUAUGUCUCCCCUCUUCCCCCAGCUUUUGGUCGGCUUUGCUUAUCCACCAACAGCUAGGAGCUAGAAGGCUCAGAAGAGCUGGGGUGGGCAUGGGAGAGAUGGAGGAAGCCCGGUGGCUGGAAACACAGUUCCUUCCCAGGGUCUCUUCAGCUUGCUGGUAGAACCUCUUAGCCUGCUUAUGAAGCCUGAAUUGACAUCAUGCCAACUGCUGAUGGCAUGCCAACUGCCGAUAAGUGGUUCUUUAACUUCCUCUGGAGCAGCAGAAACUUGUUUUGAAAACAAUCAAAUUCUAAAUCUUUACAGCUGUUGACUUCUACAAGCACAAUGGCCGUAGUAAGGAAUUCAAGUCACAGCGCAGCCGUGGCAGGGAAGGCUCUGUCUGCAUGGAGUCACAGGACAAAGCCUGUCCUGGAAACGUGCUGGAAGGAAGUCGGCCUCAUUCUUUGCGACGGGCAGCAGCUCCAAAUGAGAAACCAGGGGUUUGGCUCUGGGCCGGUAGCAUCUGCCUGGCAUGCGGUGCCAGCUGUGGAGACCAGUGAGACGCAGAAUGUUCAGCUUAACAAAGAAAUGACACUUGCCAGCAACCGGAGCCUGGCAGAAGGAAACCUUCUGUACCAGCCCCAGCUGGACACAUUGAAAGCACGCUUGACCCAGAGAUACCAGGAACUCCAGGUUCUCUUUGAAGCCUAUCAGAUAAAGAAGACCAAAUUAGACAGACAGUCUAGCAGUGCUUCCUUGGAGACCCUGUUAGCACUUCUUCAAGCAGAAGGGGCCAAGAUUGAGGAAGACACUGAGAACAUGGCAGAGAAGUUUCUGGAUGGAGAACUUCCUCUGGAUUCCUUCAUUGAUGUCUAUCAGAGCAAACGGAAACUGGCCCACAUGCGACGGGUGAAAAUCGAGAAGCUCCAGGAGAUGGUGCUGAAGGGGCAGAGACUCCCGCAGGCCCUGGCCCCGCUGCCCUCCAGGCUGCCCGAACUGGCACCUACCGCCCCGCUUCCCUACCCUGCCCCAGAGGCCAGUGGGCCCCCCACCGUUGCGCCUCGGCGCAUCCCCCCACCACCACCCCCAGUGCCUGCAGGACGCUUAGCCACCCCGUUUACUGCGGCCAUGAGCUCAGGACAGGCCGUGCAGUACCCAGGAUUACAGUGCCCGCCCCUGCCCCCCCGCGUGGGCCUCGCCACUCAGCAAGGAUUCUCUUCGCAGUUCAUGUCCCCGUAUCCGCCAGCUCUCCCCCAGAGACCCCCGCCCCGGCUCCCUCCGCACCAGCCGGGUUUCAUCCUCCAGUGAGCGCCGCGCAGCCCUUCCUGGGAGACUCCUUCCGCCUGCUGUGUUGUGCUCCGCACAUGGGAGGGAGGCUGGAGGUCCGCUCUGUGCCAAGGGCUCUGGGGCCCUGGGCCAGCGUGUCUGUCUGAUUUUAGAAGUGUAGGUCAGUGGUGAGUAGUAGCAGCCCAGGCUUUGGGCAACGAGGCAGUUGUGUGUGCCGGGUUGCAGCCUGACACCUGUGCGUCGCAUUGGUUUGCAUUCUCCGUGUGAUUUCGAAGUAUCUUAGCGUUGAUGAACUCGUAUUUGGGAAGAAACAAGGCCUCUCCCCCGUUCCCAUUUAGAAUCUUGGUCCUGCCAUUGCAGUUUUAUUUAACGAGCAUGGUUCAUAAUACUUAUUUUAUUUUCGAAAGUCCUAUGUGUCUCACCCACCGGCCACUGCAGCCCUGGUGAGGGCGGGUUGGCGCCGGCCGGCCUGGAAGAGCGCCGUGGCCGGCCACCACCUGCGGCUGCGUUGUUGCUCACUGACUGCUGGGGAGAGGUCGUAAUAGUCCCGCCUGACCUGGGGAGAGGUCAUCGUAGUCCCUGCCUGACCUGGCUGCUGCUCUUGCUUCAGAGCCACAAGCAAAGUUUGCACUGGGCCCACUGCCGAGUCCAGAGGCCGGAGAACGGUCGCCGGUGUGGGAGGGGACCGCACGAGCGGGACUUGCACAGCAAAUUGUGUCCCCUGCUCCUCCUCUCCCUCCUGCCUCGAGCCGGCCCUGAAGGUUUCUAUGAAGAAAUAAUCCCCCAAUAUUUUUACUACGUGUGUGAUUUUCCUGUUUUAUAUUGAAAACACUUUUUUGACACUCCCAAGACCAUUCAGGGAAAUUUUAUAGAAAAUGCAGAUACUGUCUUGAGCAGAUUGAAAUGCUGAUGGAAGUGGAUGUGAUUUCCUUCCGUGCAAGCAGUGCACGGUCCCACCCUCGGGUGUCCGUGCUGUGCCUUAGCUUCCCCAGGUGCCAGGACUUUACACCUGCUAGGGGCUGGGCAGGGCCCCGGCUCUGCUUUCUCUGAAGGGCUUGUCCAAGUUCAUUGCCCUGUUACAGGUGGUCAAGACAUCCGGCCACCUUGACCCAGGCUACCCUUAGCCAAUAUCCUCUGCCCCUGGCUGGCUGGUGGCUCAGGGUGGGCAGCGUUAGGGGUCUGGUGAAAGCCCACCCCAUGGAAUUGAGGGACAGGGCUACACUCCGACCGCCUGUACCUGCUCUUCCCUCCACCCCUGUGGGACCUCAUCUUCACGUGCCAUGUGUGCUGAAGGCCCAGGCCAAGCAGGGGGCAGUGGCACCUGUUGACAGAAAAGGCCCAGGUGCUCACCGGUGGACCUUCUGGCCUGCCUCUCCCCUGUCACUUGUCAGGCAUCCAGGGCCCUGACCUGUGCCUAGCCGCCAGGGUGACAGAAGGCAGAACUGAAGCGGGAUCUGUCCCAGUGGGCCACGGACCAGGCCACUGCCUUUUGUCCUCAGUGACUGUACAUUCCUGCUCUUGGACUUGAACUCUACUGUAACUGUUUUCUUAAAAGAAAUGAAGCUGUACGGGAUGAUUCACUGCCAUGCCAGUCAGGCGGGCUUGCCAUGUUCUGUGAAUCUCGAUUGAGCGGUGCCACCCGCCCCCAUACCUCCACCAGCGGCCGCUGUCGGGGAUGCCACAGCCUGGCCACGGUCGCAGCCAAACGUGAGCUCGGCAUUGGAGUUGCAAAGGGCCCCCUGACCGGGCUCGCCAUCGCUGUUCAGGGCCGUGUACGGUGCUGUGGCUGUAAAGCUGUAGGACCCUUUUUAAUAAAUAGAGAAUUAUUAAU